AUGGCAAUCGGCACUUCGCAGUCCGACUUUCCAUGCUCACUAGUCAUCCAUAUCCCUCUCCUAAACCAUCGCCUAGCCUCCAUCGCCAUGCGCGCCCUACAAGUCGAUGCUGAGUUGUCCCCACUCGUUCGUCGAGAGUUCACUUUAGUCACUCCAGGUGCUGUCAAUGGUCAUACAGUAGAGGGUGAUGCUGGAUUACAAGAUGUCCACAAGACCAUUCUUCGCACUCAGUACAAUGCAACGACCAACCGCAUGCUCCGAGUCGCUGUAAAUGGCUUCAUGGAAUCUCUAGGGGUCGUCCUGCAGGUCAUGGGGGAACUGGACGUGGAUAUUCUUGAGUCAAAGUCAGACGCAGAUGGAUGA